AGCUAAGCGGAGACUACGGGACAGCAGUAACAAUUCAAUCUAUAUAAACACAUCCGUAAACCAUCUGUAAAUCAUGGUCUGUCCUCACCGGUGACCGUCGCUUUACACCCCCGUCACCUACAAGCAGGACGCUUCCAUCGACAAUGACGCGCACGCUAGGUCUCGGGCUCGCUCUUGGGGCUUGCCUGCUCCAGCUUGCCACGCUCACCUCGGCAAGCCCGGUUCAGCCUAUCAGGGAGAUCAAGGACGUUGCUCGACGGGACACGACGGACACAACAACCGUCUGGAUCGACCCGACCACAGUCACGGUCAACCCCCGGGACCCAACCAUCACGAGGGAGGCCGGAUGGACGACAACCACCGGCCCGCCACCCUUCAUCAGCACCGUCACCUCGUCAUGCAUCACCUACAACUACAGCUACCCGGCGGGCCACGAGACUACAACCACCACCACCACCGUCUUCCGUCAGAGCACAGUCACAGUGACCGACACCAACCGGCCGACCGAGACACAGUACUUCUUCCACACGCCGACAGUGACCGUCACGACGCCCCUCGCGACAUACGUCUCCUACCACUGCCUCAACACGUUAGUCGUGCAGUACGCCGACUGGGAGUACCUGACCUGGACCUGGUCACAGUGGGAGCACGUGGCGUCAACGACGGGGCUGUGCCUCACUACCUCAACGCGCUCGACCACCAUCCCGGGCUUCACGCUCCCCGCCAGCAGCACGCGCACGCUCGAGGAUUGGGAAUAUUUCAGCGUGCCGGGCGUGUCGGUCGUGACGAAGAACACGGUAGCCAUCGCGACGGACGUGACGAGUGUCAUCCCGGGCACGUCGACGCGCACGGUGUGUGACAGUCGGAAUCUGAGGCCGACUACGACGACGACUAUUACUGUGACAAGGCAGGCGACGACUACGAGGACGGUUACCGGUGGUGGGCCGGGAUGCGUUACUAGGGCGCCGAGCAGGAGCGAUGUGGAGGCGGCUGCGGUUGUUGGGACGCCCGUGGAGGUGCAUACUGUGGUGUAUACGACGGUGACGGUGAUUGAUAACUCGGUGUAUACCCUGACCGGCACGGCGGUGGUGGAUGUCAAUACGGCCGAGUUUCCGGUGACGAGGAUUGCGUAUUCCACCGUGACGGGCCCUGGCGCCACGGUGACGGCGACGAUUUGUAGAUGAUUGCUAGGGGUUGCUAGGGUGUUGGAUUGAUGUAGGGAAGCUCGGGGUGGGUUGUUUAGCAGGCCAUCUAGUUCUAGUAGAUACUGUUUGAAUGAUGGGAGGGGACGUUGUUUGAUGGUCUAAUUGGUCUACUGCGAGUCGCCAGUCUGCUCUAGAAGCGCAAGGAGUUCGUAGGGGAUGGCCCGCCUAGGCUAAGUCUCAAGGUGUCGAGUAUUCUCCUCCAACCACCUGGAGCCACCCCUUGCAUUUGCUAAUGAUAGCAUGCAC